AUGGGCGCGAAUGAGAAUGAGAUUUCGUUUGAUGCCUCGGCGUCGGAAUCCGGGACGGUCGUUAAUCAUGAGGAAGGGAAGCCUUUGAAGAAGAGUAAAUUGCUCUUGGCUGUUUUGUAUUUUGGCACAUUCCUCGGUAUAUCUGACGAGUUCUUCGUCCUCACCACCUCUCGCCAAAUCGCCGAGUCAUUCCACCAAGGUGCAGCCGGGUCAUGGCUUUUUGUCGGGUACAAUCUUGGCUAUUCCAUGGCACUGCCGAUAUACGGUCGACUUUAUGAGGUCCUAGGUCAACGGAAAACUUUCCUUAUUGCAUACGCUUCUUAUGGCGUGGGAUGCAUUGUAUCAGGCACUCCCCAUGAGUUCUAUGCAAUCGUCGCCGGUCGGUUCCUGGUGGGCGCUGGCGCUUCGGAUAUUGCCUCCAUUCGUGAGGUUGCCGUUUUCCGAAGCCACCUUAUGGUUGUGAUGUUGGUAGGCGCCGUCAGUGGAGGCCCGCUCGGUGCGAUUCUCGCCGGAACGAUAGGAUGGAGAUGGUCAUUCCUAGUCCACAUCCCUUUCGUGGUCCUUUGUGCAAUCGUCGUUUUCUUCAAACUACGACCCAAAAACAGCCAGCCCGCGGCCGAGACCUCCAGCGACGAGGAACGCAAUAUUGAGAAGAAAGAGGAGACCCCCAAAGCUCCACGUCCACCACUCGACAUCCCAGGUAUCAUCACGCUUAGCUGCGCGAUCCUCUGUUUCGUCAUCCUUGUUGAGAUGCUCGAGGACCUUGACGCGGUGAAGAGGCACAUCGGCCUUAUCGUUGGACUUGGAGUCGGAUUCGUCGUCUUUACUGCGACUUUCAUCUCUAUUGAGGUGUUUUGGGCGAAGAAUCCCGUGAUUCCACUUCAUCUUCUCAAGACUACACAGGUUGGGCUCGUUUGGGGGACUACAUUUUUCAUGCAGAUGGGGAAUUACGGUUUUGUAGCAAGCAUUGCCCCCUAUUUUGCCCGAGUACACGGCUUAACGACGAUUGAGACUGGGCUAUGUCUCGGUCCUACAGCAGUUGGCGCUGCAGCGGGGAGCGUAUUGACUGGGAUGCUUGUCAAAAGAAGCGGAAAGCACAGAGUAUGGGCGAUAGUUGGUCUCUCUACAGCGCUCAUGAGUUUCGCAUUAAUCCUUCCUCGGUGGUCACUAUUCGAACAGCACAUGUGGGAGUUGUUCUACUCGUUCUUCUUCUCGUGGGGACUCGGAAUGACUCUCUCCGCGCAAUUCGUCGGGUUGAGUGCCAGUACCCCGGAAGAAUAUGCGGCCACCUCGAUCACAUCCUACUAUCUUUUCCAACAAGCUGGAACUAUGAUUGGGAUUACCAUGACUACGGUUCUCCAACAUCUCGUUUUUAAAGAGAAACUCGAGUCGACAAUUGGCGAAAGCCCCGAAGACCUGAAGAAAAUCGAUCACAUCCUAGACAAUGUCGAUUACUCGCGAUCACUUCCCAAGCCGCUGCUUAGAGCUGUCAACAAAGAUUUUAGAGAAAGCUACAUGGUGCUUAUUCGUAUGUUUCCAGACCUCUUCACCAGCUCCGAAAAAGGUCCCGAAUACGCUAACAGAACUAUUACAGUGUUUGUCAUGGCCACUGUGGCAAUAUCGCUACUGCUGGUGUUGAGACAGAAGAACAUCACCAUUUGA